AUGGCGACACAAGGCCCACAACUGCAGGCGAAUAUGCUGCCUCCUGCCAACUCGUCAGCCUCGUCGGGUAAGCCUCAAAGGCCAAGGCAUCGCGCAUCUGUUGCUUGUGCAUCAUGCCGUGAUCGGAGGACUAGGUGUGUUGUUUUGGCAGGGCAGACACAAUGUACCCAGUGCGACGGCCUUGGCAGGCAAUGCGUUAUCACGUACGACGACGAACGGCGGAAACCAAAUUCGAAAACCUACAUCAGCUCUCUGACAGACAGGAUCACGCACUUGGAAAGUCUUCUCCGUGAGAAAGAUCAGCGUGAAGAGCAGUCGUGCCCGCCUCAUGAAGAUGGCCAGCAAUAUAGCAACGACGGUAUUGGAGGCAACGCUCAACCAACGCGACCAGCUACCCUCGAUGUCGCGCGCUCUCUCCAGCCUGUAUCUUCUAUCACACACGGCCCUGAUCUUCCUCAUCCAGACUCAGAUAUCGACGCUGCAUCUCCUCAAAGCUCAAGCUCGCUUGGGAGCACCAGUAUGGUUAGUAAAUUAUUGUCAACGACUGGGCAUCUGAGCUUCGAUCAGUUAAGUGGUCGCCUUCGGUAUUUCGGUCCAGUCGCGAACUGCCACAUCCAUUCCGAGCUCAAGGCUCAAAGCGAGGAUGCCAAACGCCGAGCGCUUGAGCAGCAGCGGCGGGCAGAGAAGGCGAUCCGCUCCAUCUCGUUCGAUACCCAUGAUUACUUAAUGAACCUGUUCUGGGAUCACUACAACUCUGUCCUUCAUGUCAUCCACCAAGCUGUCUUCGAAGAGGAGAGGGAAAACGGUGCUGGACAGUUCUACUCCGGUUUCCUACAUGUUUGCGUCCUUGCCAUGGGCUAUCGAUUUGCAGACAAAACGAGGCCAGACAUGAUCCGAAUAUCAUUGCCAGAUAAGGAGAACACCCUGCACAGAGAAGCCAAGUACAUGCUUGAGUAUGAGAUAGAGCAGGCUGGUGGUAUUCCUAGCAUUGUUGCUCUACUAUUACUCGGAGACUUGGAAACAGGCGUCGGAAGGGAUAAUCUUGGUUGGCUGUAUGCGGGCAUGGCCAACAGGCUCUGUUUCGAGAUCGGACUUCACCUCGACACAACGAAUGCAGGCGCCAGUCCAAGAGAGAUCGAGAUUGGGCGUAUGACUCUUUGGGCGUGUAUUGUCUACGACAAAUACUGGGCACUGUUCCUCGGCCGCCCUACCAUGAUGAAACAUACGGAUCUAGAAGUCUACAAGCUUAGUGUAGCUUUUGAGCGACUUGGAACUAGUCUUCCUGCUGGGCCAGCGAAGAGUCGAGAGACACAAAUAUACGAAGCGUUACUGGACCUUAUGGAGCUUGCUGGCAAGAUCACAGAAAUCAUGGACCAAGCUUCGAAACUUAGUACCAACAUCGACCAUCAUGUCUACUUCGGCAUGUCGGCGCUACAUCGCGAACUAGAAUCUUGGUACUCUCAUCUCCCAAAGACUCUCCAGUGGAAUGCCGAUAACAUUGCCACCUCACCAUUCUCCUUUUUCUUGUUGCAUCAGCAAUACAGUGCCACUAUGAUACUUCUGCACCGCCCAUUCGCUCGUUACGAUGAUCCAAACACCGCACAAUCUAGCUCAGGUGACAACAGUGAGGACGACUCCGACACAGGCAAGGUAGCAAAUCCUGCGAAUCAUUUUUCGGCCCUCUCACGCACAAUAUGUACACAGCAUGCAGUUCGAAUUGCGAGGAUAUUCUGGCAGCAUCGCCAAAGAUUUGAUACCAAACAAAUAUGCGUCACAGGUCUUCAACAUGCUGGGACCGCAGCUACGGCACUCGUUGCUGCUCUUGCCUUCAUGAAAGAUAGAUCGACAAGAAACAACAAUAUGCAAUAUCUUGAGUGCCUAGCAGCAGCAUUACAGGAUAUGUCUCAUACAUAUGUGCCAGCAGAGAAAAUGUCUAACGUCCUCGAAGCGGUCAUUAUCGAGCUUCGAGAUGCUGUACCUGAGCGACGUACCGUUCCAGCUCGAAGACGCAGCUCUGAUCACGAUAUUCAGGAACGAGGCUCAUUCAAACGGCACCUGUCUUUCCAUCGAGAUUCUCAACCCCAAGUGCUCGAGAAGAGUAUUCCUCAGCCCAAGCAGCAUCAAGAGGGCUUCUACCAGUCUACUCUAAGCCAAUCCCGAUCAAAUGACAUAAAUGAAAUGAACGGACAACAUAGCUCCGGUCAACAUCAAGAUACAAAUCCACUGUUCUCGGCCGACGACGGGAGAAUGAUCGGCCAGCACAAACCCUCCUCCUACAUGAAUGACUGGCCAACCCUCUCUCAAGAUCUCUCUACCUUCGACCAUCCCACGCCUCCCCAAGAUCGCUCCGCAACUUCUUCCAACACAUACCCAAAUAAAGUUUCUCAACCCCAACAGACGGUAUUCACUUUGCCCACAACCAACACAUCCUCUUCAUCGAACUUCACGCAGUACCGCUCCUCAAACGCAAACACUUGGAUGGGAGCCGAUACGCCCCGGAACGGCUUCUCGCCCUCCCCAGCCAGCAUGCAAACACCUCCCUCCUUCCAAACUCGACCAGCUCAAAACCAAAGACAUCAAAAUCCCCACCGUGCCGCUCUCCAUGAAAUCCAAGAUCUCUCAUCAACCGACUUCGUCAGCCUCCUCAACGCAGACGAUAGACUUGACUUUGGUAAUCUAGGUAUGCCUAACGGCAUGGCCUAUAGUGGUUUUGGGAUGAACCUGACCGUCAAUCCGAAUUCCAUGGGUGUGCAGAGUCACAGUGACAGCGGCGGCAUGAUGAGGGACUUAGAUGGAUAUCCGCCUUUCCUGACGGUGAAGAGCAGUAAUACUGGAACGGGGACCGCGCCUGGGAGUAUGGGUAGUAGUGCGAAUGUGAACGGCCUUGCUACUCUCGGAGGUGGAGUCGCAGGAAGAGGGCAGAGGGUGCAGCCGUCGCAUAGCCAGAAUGGAAGCGCUAAUGAUCCGACAUUUUCGAAGACGUUGGCAGGGUUGGCAGACAUGUUAAAAAGGCGGGAAUGUGAUAGUUGA